GGCUUAAAUGUGUCAAUACUCACUUUUAAAACGCUUUAAUUCUGUGUUUUUAAUAUAGAAUUCGCCUUUCAAUCUAUACAAUUUUUUUUACUAUGGCUAUGCAUACUCAAGUGCCGGCAGGACAUAUAUUUGUCAAUGAGAAAUGGAAUAACAGUGACUUAUUUUCCUAUUUAUCACGAAGGGUCCAACCCCUUAUUAUAGAAUCAAUGGAUUUUGUGGAUUUUUUCCCUGCUUCUGACUUUGCUGUUAUAUAUGUAACUGAAGCUGAUUUAAUUGCUGGGAGUAAUUACAAGAGAAAUCUCGCAAAACUGAAAAAUGCCACUUAUGACCGACAUGCUGUUAUUGUUGAAAAAACUGCAACCAGCAAUCAAUAUUUUGACAGUUUUCAAAAGUUUGCAGUCUUAGAACUAGGCUUAGGAAUAAUUCCUGUCUCUGGAUUAGAUGAAUGUUGCCAUGCUCUUGUGUCUAUGGUACGUAUGGGAAGUGAAGACAAAUCUAAUCCAUUUAUGAUGAAGCGGCGUGUUCCACCUUUAGAAACAUACCUCUUAAAGACAUUGCUAACAGUUCCUUCAGUGGGAGAGACUAAAGCUCAAGCAUUGCUUUUAAAAUUCAAAAGUUUGUUAGGUAUCUGUAAUGCCAGUGUAGAAGAACUGGAAAAAGUUAUUGGGACAAAUAGUGCUCAGCAAGUUUAUAAUUUUUUUCGUGGUUUUUGAUGUUAAUACAUGUGUUAUAAAACUAAAUAAAGUUUUUAUUUUUAGAAA